GUCAGCCAAGUGAGUGGCUGCGGGAAUUUUGAGUUGAAUAAUUUCUUCUGAGUGUUGGUUAGUUUUGUUGAACGGUCUGCGGAAAGUGGGAAUUAAUUAAUUAAACAAACAAACUUUUGACUCAUAAAAACUGUGGAAAUAAAAGUCAAGUGAUAUUGUGUUGACACAUAACCUAAGUGUUCUGAUUACAUCAAUACAUAGUCCAUGUCAGUAUUGUAAAUAAAUCCUAAAACAGUAUACAUACGAAUUACAAGAUGCAGCUGCUGAUACAAGCUAGCCCUUUAGUGAAUAAAUUAAAGCAUUGGCAUCAAGCAAUAGGUUUCAGUGAAAUACAGCUAACAACUUCUCAAAAGGUGGUUCUAUGGAGCAUUGGUGUGGUUGGGACAAGUGCUAUGGUAGUGGGAGUUCUGUCCAGAUAUUUAGCAAGACGGCGAGCAAAGCCUAUUUUAAACCCCAGGAUUCAACGAGCUAUUAAUAAAAGAAUAUCUCGAAUGAGGAGUCCCAAUGGAGGCAUGGGAUCCAUAGCUAGCAGUGGUGGUAGGAGCAGUCCUUUAGGAUUCAGUGAGAGAUUAUCACUAGCAUCGGGAUCUAUUGGAUCUGGUGGGGGUGAUGCUGCCCCUUUAUCCCCUCAACAACUAGGUGUCAUGGGCAUGGAAGCCCUAGAAACGAGUAUAAACUACUGGGAGGACGCCCUAGCAGCGUUCUCUCUGGGCGCGCGCGGCGGUGUUUCGGGAACGCUCGCGCUCACGUCGCCCGAGGAGGCAGAGUUCUGCCGCGAGAUACAGGACCUACUGCAGAACGCAUACUUGUUGCAGGAGCGCUGCGAGCUGCUAUUCCUAGACCAGCGGUCCGUGCUCUUCCGCUCCGAGAGCGGCGGCGCGGGCGCAGGCUCGGGCGCGUCGGCGGCGUCGCGGCGCGAGCGCUUGCUGUCUACUCACACGGGCUCGGAACACACGCGUCGUGACCACCACUCCAGUGCUGAGUCCUUCGCAUCGGCAGAGGACCAGGUUGCAGAUCUCAGAGACUUCGAUGACCUAACAGAAGCACUACCAGAAUUAGAAAAUUUAGAAUUAUAUCAAAUGGCGUUAAAACAACUGGACUCCGGUAUACCAUACAGAACGCUCCGAACCGAGAUCCUACAGUGCGGCUCGGACGCGGAGUUCCUGUGCAAGCUGUGGAGCGUGCGGCGCGCGCUGGCGGCCGUGUUCCGCGACGCCGCCGCCUGGGGCUGGUUCGUGGACGCCGGCCGCCAGGUGCUCACCGACCUGCUGCUGUACGCCGACAAGGAACCAAAGGAAUUUUUGGUCGCAUACGAAGAAAUGGUAUCAUGGACAUCAGACGCUGCUAACUGGUCUACCAUUGAAGACGAACUGUACAGUAAAGGCGUAAAGGCGCUGACGUUCUACGACGUGGUGCUGGACUACAUCCUGCUGGACGCGUUCGAGGACCUCGCCGCGCCGCCCUCCUCCGUGCUCGCCGUCGUGCGCAACCGCUGGCUCUCCGACGGCUUCAAGGAGAGCGCAUUGACGACAGCUGUGUGGUCAGUCAUCAAGGCGAAACGACGCUACUUGAAAUACCCCGACGGGUUUAUGUCCCAUUUCUACUCAAUAUCCGAGCACUUGCUUCCAGUCCUUGUAUGGGGCUUCCUAGGACCUCGCGAAAGACUUCGGGACGUUUGCGAAUCUUUCCAAUCAGAAAUAGUGGGGUUCAUCACUGACAUAUUUAGCUUCCAAAAAAGUAGGUACACUAAUAUAGAAGAUUUAGCAAUUGAUAUAAUGCAACACGCGCGGUCGAGAGCUGCUAACAUCACAGACAAGCUAGCCGAGAGAAACUGAUUCGAAGUAGGUCCAAUACUAAAUCUAAGCAAAAAUAGUAAUAGCACAAGUGAGAGGUAGAAAUCGUGUACAAUAAUUAAAAGUUAAUUAUCGAUCAAAAAGCUGAUUCUCACAUUCCUGACAUUGCUCGAGUGAUGGAUGACUCACAUAUACGAAAUAGCGCACCGUAAUAGCCUAAAUAUCAAAUAUAGUUAAUUUUAUAAGGUUUAAAGUGUAAUUCAGCGAUUGUUUGAUCAGUAUACAUUAACUUGCUAUUUUCAUUAAUGCCGCAGAACAAUUUUUAUAAAUAAAAAGUAGCUAUUGCUUGUUCGUUCACAUGUAGGUGCAUAAAACCGAAUCCAGAAACUUCCACACGUGAUAAUGUUCGGUACCUUUACAGGUAUAAUGUGCCAAAGGCCAAUCUGCAUUUUUAUCAUCCAUGUAAAAACAUUCACAGUCGAGUCGAUUAAUGUAAAUGUGCCCCGACUAAAUUAUCACGGAAAGCUAGCUACCUACUGAAUAAUAUCACAAAUUAUUGCCCACCUAAAUAAUAUUUAAAAAAAAUAGAUCUUAUAUCACAUGGGAUUAAAGAAAGAGAUCCUAUCAUCUUUGACAGUUUUACCUGUGAAAAUAAUGCAUUUGUUUUAUGUAAUUAACAUUUACUGUGUACGAGCUUUUAUUAAUAUUUUAUGCAAUCGCAUUCCAUUUUAUAGACAAUAUUAUUAUUAUAUUUAGAGCGCAAGCUGGCGUAAUGGUGUUCAAUAAAAUCAAUCUAAUUCAGUACAUACCUAAAUUAUAAAAUUAAAUAACUUGUUUAUCCAAAGCUGAAUCUGUUGUAUUGUUACAAAUUAUGUAUUUAUUUUGUAAAUAUAAAUUAAUAUUUAAA